AUGUAUUUAGGUGUCUCAGUUUUCCAGUCUUUAGAACAAUAUGAAAUUAAAGAGAGUGGAGAUUUAUUGAAUGAAAAAGGUCAGUUGCAGGUAAAGGGAUGGUCACGUCAACCACUGUUGACAUACAAUCCAAAGGGAUUGUCAAAGUUUAGAAGAGCUUACCGUCUGAAGGAGUGGAACUACUACUCGGUGGGUACUGACCGUUUCUACUUUGCGGUGGCUGCAAUCGAUUUGGGUUACGUCACAAACUAUCAGACUUUUUUCAUUGACUUUACAAACGACGGCAAAGCUCUGAUGGACGAGAUUACAGCGUCGUCGCUCACCAAGGGUCUAGGACUGCCAAAAGACAGUUGCCACGUCGGUAGUCACAUCUCUUACAAUUCCAAAAACUUUUCGAUUCAUUUCGAUGUCGGUGAUUGUCCAGAUUCGAGCAACAACAGCAGCAGCAGCAAUCUAUCAGACAGCCAGAACAACAAAAAUACUUUAAUUCACUCUAUAAAGAUAACUAGUAACAAGAUGAAAUUGCAAGCUGACAUUAAAUUUAAUUUGUCGCCGAAUCGCGAGUCGGUAUGCUUGGCAACUCCGAUCGGAAAGAGCAACUUCUACUACAACAGAAAGACCAAUUUGAUUCCGGUGACGGGCAGUUUGAUUAUCGAUGGAAAAGAGUGGCUUGGACCCUAUCAGUUGCAAGAUGCUUUCGGUAUUAUGGAUUGGGGUCGCGGCAUAUGGGACUACAAUAGCUUCUGGCUGUGGGGAACCUGCUGGGGAAGAACACGUGACGGUCGUCCCAUCGGUUUGAAUCUUGGCGAAGGCUUUGGAGAUCUCUCGACACACACUGAGAAUGCCAUCAACUUGGACGGUGUCAUUCACAAGCUCGGACACAUCGAGUUCCACUACAACAAAGAGGAUCUCAAGCAGCCGUGGAAAUUCGUUUGCAAACACGGCAGAUUCGGUGAGAGUCCGCUCGAGUUCACACCACUCAAAAUCAAAUAUGAGCGCAACAACUUUGGUUUGGUCAUGUCUAGCUUCCACCAGAUUAUAGGUCGUAUCAAAGGUGAAGUACUUUUGGAUUCAGGCGAACGUGUAGAGAUUGAUAUUUUCGGAAGAAGAAGAACAACCAACAUUAUCUUUGGUGAUCUCAAUGUCUUUGGUGGUGGUUCAUCUGGAUUCGGUUGUGAUGGAUGUGGUUGUUCAGGUGGAUUCUAA